AUGAUUAAUACUGAUUUACAAAAUAUGAAAUCACCUAACUUUAAAAUAGCUAUCAAAUACGGGAUGAGAGAAAAGGAUGUUAAAUAUAUUAAUAAUAAUAUGGAAAUGAUUGAUAAUCAUAAUAACAUAAAUAUACUUAAAAGGAAGUUAACUCCUAAUGAAACUAGAAUACAUAAAAAACAGAAGAAGGAAAAUAGUACAGAUUCGUUUGUAGAUAAUAUAAAUCAGGACAAAUGUAGCAAAGAAUUUGAUAAGGAAAUAUUUCAAGAAACUAAUAAAAAGGAUAAAGGUAAUAAAGAAGAUAAAGAAUAUUUGAAUGGAAAAUUCUUAAGAGAAAGCUUGAACUCUACAAAUGGUUUAGACAUGUUAAGAAAAUUUGUAAAAAUCUGUAAUGAAAAUAAAGAAGGAGAUUUGGCAGCAGAAUAUUUAAAUGCAGGUGGUAAUAUUUUUGAAAUAUUAAAAUUAUUAAAUACUGCUGAUAAGAAAGGAACUGGCAUUGCUAUAACUGUAUUUUCUGCAACAAGGAUAUUAUUAAUAAAGAUAUUAACACAAUAUCCGCAAUAUCAUACUAGUACAGAAGAGGCAUGUCGAUAUUUGAUUAAUUCACAUUUAUCAGUAAUUCAUGCAAUGCUAUCUACACAAAGUAAUGCAAAACAACAGAAAGUAGUUUUACAAUUACUUGCUGCAAUAGUUUCAUUAGGUGGCAAUCUCCCACGUGAAUUACUUAUUCACUUGUCUUUAUCAUUGGAGGUUGUUAAAUCACUCGUGCAACAUACAAAACCUACAGAUGAUCAGAAUACAAGAAAUUGUUUUAUUCAUUUUAUCAUGGCUUUUUUAAUAGAAGGAAACAUACCAAUCAUUAGAACUCUUUUAGAUAAGCGUGAUUUGCUUUCCAGUAUAUUCCCUGAUUUAAUAUAUGAUUCUAAAGAUAUUGUUGUUUUAAUUUUAACUACUCUCAAGACUUACAUUCUUCAGAAUGCAAAUGUUAGCAAGACUAUGAAAUUACAAAUAUUUUCAACAUCAGUUAUUCAAAAUCUUUUGUGUCUCUAUAAUUGGAAAGGUCCAAAUAAUUGGCCAAAACUUAAAACUCAAAGUUCUGUAACAGAUUCACAUUUUCUUCUUGAAAAAGAGGUGGUUUGCAAUGUUGUACACGAUUUUUUACUUUUAUUGCUAACAUCACAUCGAUAUGGUAUUAUUUUUCACGAUCGUACGCUUGGCACUUCACAUGUUAAACAUAAUUAUAUGAUAAACACAAUACUUCAAAGUUUAGAUCGACCUUGGGAAUAUGAAAAGCCAUCAAAUUUAGUAAUAAAAAUAAUAACAGCAUGUCCAGACUUAAUUAAACCUCAAUUUACUCUUUUGGAAUCAUACAUUGCACCCGAAGUUUCACUGAAAUGGAUUGCAGUAAUUAAAUUUAUAAGAGAGAUAAUACAGUCAGUGGAUAUAAAAAUGUGCAUAAAAUUAUGUUCAACAGAAUUAAAUAUAUUGCAAUUAACUAGUGCCAUAGUAUCUUUAAUGAUACCAGAAGUAAUUUUGAAACAAGCAGUUGUGCCAUCUUUAACUCAUUCUAAUGUAUCAAUAAGGCAUGAAGCAAUACUCACCCUUAUAUCUAUACUUAAUCAAAUACAAAAGUAUAUCACAGAUUUGAAAACAGUUUAUAAUGAAAAUAAUGAUUUCAAUAUUUUUAGGAAUUUUGUAACAGAAUUUAUAGUAAAGAAUGUACCCAAUUUAAACAUGAUAUUGAAUGUGUGGAAUUGUGCUUUUAUAUCCAAUUCAAUUGAUGGUAGUAGUAUCUACAAAGAAAAUAUUGUAGAACCGAAGAAAUAUGAACAUUUGAUAGCUAUUUUAAAUUUAUUGCAUAUUUAUAAUGAUGUAUGUCCAAAAUUGUUAGACAUAUCAUCUGACAUGGAAACUGAAACAUUUUUAGAUACAUUGAAUAAAUUAGAAGAUAUCAGUACCAUUGAACUUAAUGUUAUAAAAGUAAAAGCUAUACAGUUCCUAGUUAUACUGUACCCUUAUGAAUUUUCAUCACAUAAGAAAAUGUUUAAUAAUGCAUUAUCAUUUUUAAUAUCUAUUUUAAACGAAGAAACAUCGUCAAUUGCAUUAUGUACAAGAACAACAAUCAGAACAUUAUUGAAUGUUACUGGAUUAUUUGAAGGAUGUAGUGAUCAUUUGGAUAUUUGGAUCAAUGGUUUUAUAAACCUAAAUAAUAGGAAAAGAGUAACAAAAUGGUUCAUUCGUAUAAUAAAGGAAACUGUACAAAAUAUUGAAAGAUAUGUAAAUGAAAUAAUUAAAACUGAAGAAAGUAUUGAUCAUGAAUUGGUUCAUACUGGCAAAUUACAAAACAUAUUCAGUGAAUUGAUUAAUAAGCCUGCCAUUUACGAAAAUUUAGAAAGUAAUAUUUUACCUAUGCAACGAUUCACAUCAAUAUCACCUCUUUUAUGUUGCAUGUUACAUAAAAUGAAGGAAGAUUUAGAUUCUUCAAUUUUAUCUUAUUUGUCUUACAUUUUAAUACAUACAUUACAUUAUCAAGUAAUGCCCCAAUGUUUGAUAUAUUUAACUAAAGAUAUAGAAAAAUUACCAGUAAAAGAAUAUUUCCUGAGUUGGUUAGAUGGUAACCAACUUGUUUCUAUUAAAAAAAUAGUUCCCACAAUGACUUUAUUAUGUAAAAUAAAUUCAGUAUUUUUAACUAAUGCUAAAAUACAAUUGGAUGAAAUAUUUGAUGGUAAUAAUGUAGUUACUUUUCAUUAUAACAAUGAGAAUAUGAUUAUCCAUCAUUCUUUAUCAACAUAUGAAAUUAUAUAUUUGUUUAAAAUGACUACAUUCUACUUACUUCAAUUUACUAAAAAACAUGUUUUAACGAAGAUACAGUAUGAUAAUUACAAAACUUUUUUAAUAUCAUUAUUAUAUAUUUCAAAAAAUAAUCUAGAUAGCUCUACUCUUUUGGAAGAAUGUGUAAAGUCGAUUUCUACACAUCCUAUUGUUUUGCAUUAUUUUUCUCCAUUUCAUCAGAAAAGUAAAAGUGUCUCAAGGAGUAUGAUAACUGACAUAAUUAUUGAUGUUUGUAAUACAAUAAUUGAUUUGUGUAAAGGAUUUAAUAUUAGAAAAUUAUUUGUUCAUUUUAAAAAUAAGUUAUUUAUGAAGCUAUAUAAAAUGAUGGAUAAAAACCAAAAAAAUGUGACAAUAAAUUUUGACACGAUUAUUACAUUGUUAGAGAUAUUAAAACCAUCAUCAAAAGAUGUUACAUACUUAUUAAAGAGAUUAAUGAAAUUAGAAGAUAACAUGUUUAUUUCAAGCAAUGAAAAAAGUUUAUCAAUAUAUGGGCAUUUAGUUCCAACAUUUUUAAAAAUCACUAAUAGUAAUGAAAUGAAAUCUGAAAGGAGUGUAUUUUUUGAAUUAGAUGAAAAAUUUGUUAGAGAUUUUUGUUUGCACCUGAUUUUCUUGAAAUCAAAUUUAAUUAGAAACUUUGAAUUGUGGGAAGCAACAUUACAUGAGUUUCUUUUAAACUUUUCAUUCAAUAUUGGUGGCAUUGAUGAAAGUAUUUUCACAUCAUUAUUAUCCACGAAAAUUACAGAUGCAACAAUAAAUUUAAUUUCAUUUCUAAUUAGAAGAAAUGUAAAAUUUAUUCCCAUUUUUAUGAAAUGUAUAGUAAAACCAAAGAAUAUGAUGAAAAAUGGCAAUAAUAUAUUACAAAUAGUUUCAAGUAACUUGAAUUUUAAAUGGAAUCAAAAGUUUUUAGAACAUUUGAGAAAAUGCUAUGAAGCCGAAAUUUCAUCUUACUUAUGUAAUCCAAAAAAUGCUGAACCUUGGAUAGAAGAAAAUAUUAUUGCAAUUUCUUAUUUAAUUAAAACAACAUUUAAUUUUAAAACAUGUGAUGGUAUAUGUAAUAUUAUUUUACAAACUUGCCAUAAACUAGAUGUGGUAUCUAUUAACUAUAUUAAACUUGUUCAAAGUAUAUACAACAAAGCUGCUGCCUUGGAAACAGAGAGUGAAAAAUAUAUUAUGAAUUUGAUUCAAGUACUACUUCACAUAAUCACUGUCACUUUAAAAAAGGAACCUAAAAAUUUUCAGAAGCUUUGUAUUCUUUGUGAAGCAUUGAAUAAUAAAAUUAAAUAUUUAAAAGACAGAAAAAACGUUUCCGAAUUUGAGAAAUUAAGUACUAUUCAUUCAUGGUCACAGUUAACUCGAAUUUCUUUAAAGUUUGGUCUCGAUAGAUUAAAAUGCAAUGAAGAAGUACCCAUAUUAAAAAUUUUAAGUACUUUAUGUGAUAUUGCAUAUAAAAAUAACAGUAACAAUGCAUAUGUCAAAACUUUAUUUGAAAUGGCAACUUCUCAUUCUGAAUUUAUUAACAUUAUGCUAGGUUCAUCAAAUACUAAAAGAGAUUUAGUGGAAUUGUUAUGGAUUCUCAUGCAAAAAAAUAAAGUAGUUGUGACAUUAAAGCAUAUACCCGUUUAUUUAGCAGCAUACAAUGCUACUUUAGCUGAAGUUGAUCAAUACAUUUUAUUUAUUUUGCAAUAUUACGAAAGUAAUAAUAUUAACAUUUGUGAGUAUCGGCCGUAUGUGUGGGGAAAUGUGGCGGCAGUAUAUUACAAUGUAAAAGGUGAAACGCACACAACUUUAUGGAGACAACCAUCUAUUAUUCAAGUUCUAAAUUUAUUUGAAGAGAAUAUAGUAAACAAUACUAUAAAGAAAUACCCUAUUGAUAGAGCUUUGAAGAGUGAUGAAUUAUUUAGAGCAAGUGAUGUUUACGAUCCGGCAUUUUAUUUACCAUUAUUAUAUUUCUUAUUAUCGGAAAAUAAUGUUGUACCAUGUCAUAAAGUUGCCCAAAGUGGUGCAUUAGCAUUAACACUUGUUGCAUGUAGCAGCACGCAUUGUGAAGUUCGGAUGAUAGCUUAUACGAUCAUUACGAGAUACUAUACUCAUUUGGAAGCUUCUAGCUCAAAAACAAAGUUAUUGUGGAUGCGAUUGAUAGAUGCAUUGCGUUAUGGUAUUGUAUCACAGCAGUCAGAACUUAAUGACGUACGCCUAAACUGUAUGGUUUCUACAUUUUUGGCAAGAACGUCUUUAAUAGCUACACAGCCAUUGAAUCCUCUUUAUACAGCUCUACAAAUGUUUUUGAUGGCUAAACCAGCAUUAGAUAUAAAUACAAUACCUGAAUUAUUACAAUUCCUUUACAGUUCUGAUAUGCAGUAUAUAACAUACAGACAUUGGAUCUUGGAAAAUAUUCGCGAUAGUAUGAAAACAGAGACUGAAGUGGACAUAGCGUUUAAAUGCGUUUUGUUUAAAAUGCUUUUAGAUUUUUAUAUUUCUACUCUUUCAGAUUCACAUACGAAAAAACUUAUAUUAGAAAUCCUUAAUGCUACAUUAAAGAUUAGGAAAGCCUCUAUACUUUUUAUCGAGAACUAUGGACUAUUUCCGUGGUUAUUAGAGAUUACAAACAAUUUGCAGCAACAUGAAGUACAGCAUACUGAAGUUAUAGUGAAAAUAAUGGACAAACUGUUAAAUAGUGUUCUACAUAUAAAAGGAGAUAUUAUUCCUUAUAAAUUAAUGAUUUUAAAUGUUGUAUUAUGCCUAAAGUCUCACUUAGUAAAAGAUAUUAGAAUUAAGAUCAUUACUUUAUACAUCAACAUUUUGCAAAAAUUAAUUCUCUCGAAAUCUAUGAAAAUAGUUAUUACUAAAGAAUGCAUAUUAGAAAUUCUUGAAUUUUCUAAAAAGAUAUUAGACAAUUUAGAGGAAUGUGAUGACAUGUUACGUUUUGGUUGUAAAUAUGUGAUUAAGGCGGAUUGUUCAGAAAAUGAUGAUGAAAUUCAAAUAGCUAGAAAUAGUUUAAGGACAUUAGUAUGGACAUGGUGUAGUCACGAAGCAAAUUGA